AUGGCGAAAAUCCCCAAUCCCCUGCUGCUCGCUCUCUCGGCGAUGCUCGCCUGCCUUUCGUUGUUCCCUCACGCAUUCGCCGGUCCGAUGCGCGUCGCUCGCACGCGACAGGCGCACGACGAGUACCUCCGUCAGCGGCAGCUGAGCGACCGUGAGCGAAAGCUGAACGACAUCGUCUAUCGCGGCUCCGAGCCUCCGCUGCACAUGUUCGAAACAAAGUCCAGCUUCGACAAGGAGCGACGCGAGGAGGAACGACGCAAUCAGGGAGGUGCCGCGUCGUCCUCCAGGGCCACUCCCAUCAGAUACCACGGCGGCCCCGUGAUGAGCGGCGAGACGCUGAACGUAUACUUAAUCUACUAUGGCUCCUGGCCGGCGGGAUCCGGGCAGGAUGUCAUUGAAAACUUCAUUCAGUCGCUGAGUCUAAGUGGCUCCGAUGCACAAGGGGAAGCUGGGGAUCCGAAAAAGACUUCGCCCAACGGGAACCCCGGGCUCGAUGCGACGAUCUCCACGAUCGCUCACGAGAUCGCGGAAGCUGCGACAGAUCCCGACGCUAGCACCGGGUGGUUCGACGCUGACAAUGAAGAAAACGCCGAUAAGUGCAGCUACGUCUACGGAGAAACACUAACUACUCAGAACGAAAAAGGUCAGGAUGCGAAGUACAACCUCGUGGGGCUCAACAAUAUGACGUUUCUGGUGCAGCAGAACAGGGACUUGGAGACAGACUCGUGCGUCGUGCAGGGAAUUAAAUGA